AUGGCUAGUAUCGGAAAAGAUCUUUUCAAUCAGUCAUCCCAUCAGGAUGGAAAAAAAUUGCCUAAAAUUGAAAUGAAAUGUAAUAGAUCAUACAUGCAGCCACAGGUGAAUUUCACCGUCAGUGGUGUCUUUUUUGAAUAUGAAGGUCAAAUUUGUUAUAAUUAUCUCAGUGCCCAGCACAAAAGGCGGCAGCGUGCACGCGCGCGCCCCCUGCCGGCGGCCCCGGGAUGCCCCGGGGCGCGCCCCCUGCCGGCGGCCCCGGGGAACUCCAGGGCGCGCCCCCUGCCGACGGACCCGGGAUGCCCCGGGGUUGCGCCCCCUGCCGACGGACCCGGGAUGCCCCGGGGCGCGCCCCCUGCCCGAGGCCCCGGGAUGCCCUGGGGCGCGCCCCCUGCCGACAGCCUCGGGGAACUCCAGGGCGCGCCCCUGCCGACGGCCCCGGGAUGCCCCGGGGUUGCGCCCCCUGCCGACGGACCCGGGAUGCCCCGGGAUGCCCCGGGGUUGCGCCCCCUGCCCGCGGCCCCGGGAUGCCCUGGGGCGCGCCCCCUGCCGACGGCCUCGGGGAACUCCAGGGCGCGCCCCUGCCGACGGACCCGGGAUGCCCCGGGGUUGCGCCCCCAGCCGACGGCCCCGGGAUGCCCCGGGGCGCGCCCCCUGCCCGCGGCCCCGGGAUGCCCUGGGGCGCGCCCCCUGCCGACGGCCUCGGGGAACUCCAGGGCGCGCCCCUGCCGACGGCCCCGGGAUGCCCCGGGGCGCGCCCCCUGCCGACGGACCCGGGAUGCCCAGCGGCGCGCCCCCUGCCGACGGCCCCGGGAUGCCCCGGGUCGCGCCCCCUGCCGACGGCCUCGGGGAACUCCAGGGCGCGCCCCCUGCCGACGGACCCGGGAUGCCCCGGGGUUGCGCCCCCUGCCGACGGACCCGGGAUGCCCCGGGGCGCGCCCCCUGCCCGCGGCCCCGGGAUGCCCUGGGGCGCGCCCCCUGCCGACGGCCUCGGGGAACUCCAGGGCGCGCCCCUGCCGACGGCCCCGGGAUGCCCCGGGGCGCGCCCCCUGCCGGCGGCCCCGGGAUGCCCCGGGGCGCGCCCCCUGCCGACGGCCCCGGGGUAAUCCGGGGCGCGCCCCCUGCCGGCGGCCCCGGGAUGCACCGGGGCGCGCCCCCCGCCGGCGGCCCCGGGAUGCUCGGGGGGCGCGCCCCCUGCCGGCGGCCCCGGGAUGCUCGGGGGCGCGCCCCCAGCCGGCGGCCCCGGGAUGCUCGGGGGCGCGCCCCCUGCCGGCGGCCCCGGGAUGCUCCGGGGCGCACGUGUCGCCGUUCCCGCCCCGUGGGCGCCGGUGCCCCCCGCAGGGAGCGAGCCGGGCACGGUGCCCCCCCGCUGGGAGCGAGCCGGGCACGGUGCCCCCCGCUGUUGGCCGGGGGCCCGCUAGGGCUGCGGCGGGCGGCUCCUCCCUGGGCUCAUCCCGCCGCGCCCCGCCCCGCCCCGUAAAGUGGUUGGGGGCGGCCCAGGGAGCCCCGGGGGCCGCACGGACGGACGGACGGACGGACGGAGGGGCGGCCGGAGUCCGCGGCCCCAACGCCCGCCGCGCGCCCCUCCUGCCGCUCCCGCUCCCGCUCCUGCUCCGGGGGCGCGGGUUCGGAGGUUCGCUGUGCCCGGGACCGGGCGCCCGGAGGGACGAGACCCCGCCGGAGCCCGGGCUUCUGCAGCCCCGCAGGGACCCUCCGCCAGCCCUGCCCUGCCGCCCUCCACCUUGUCGCCAUGAACCAGACGGCCGGCGUCUCCAACAGCGUCCGGUGCCCCCCCCGCCAAAGGACCCAAGGAAUAAGCUUCUCAUAAUGUCGUCUUUAGCUUGCCUAUUGAGGGAGGUGCAUAAGUCAAAAGUGUGGAAAAAGUUAUUGGAGUGUUAA